AGCUAUUAGAAACUUAUCCGGAGUCUAGAGUUUCCUUAACCUACAAUCUAUAAUUUAUAAGGCAACCUCAACUAAUACCCAACUUCCCGGCUUCCCAGCUUCCCAGCUUCCAAUAAUCAUCGUCGUUAGUUCCUGAUCUAUACGGAUCCAAGUUCCAAUAGAGAAUAUGCGUUGGGAUGACUUCAGGCCUAAUUUAAAGGAUGCCUCGAGUGCUUCCCAAAAUUAAACGCAUGAUAUUUUCUCUUCUCUCCCCAACAUUCCAACUCUAGAUCAUUACACGAAUGGUAAUUAAUUAUUAUCUCACAUUACAGUACCAUCAUCUCUCAUUAGAGACCUCCAACGUCCAAAAUGGGUAGAUAUGUAACUAGAUCGCCCGAGGAGAAAGUCAAGCGGGCUAAAUUCGAGUUCCGUGGAUCCUGUGCGAAAGCACCAAAUGAGGAGAACAUUAAGUUGCUACUCGGCGAAGAAUGGUGUCGCAAUGAUAUCAAUAUUACACUCUUGUCAAAUGAUUCUCAUGCUUAUAACUAUCUAAUUACGAAGCCCAAGGAAAACAAGCUUGUUAAAACUAUCAUACGAGUGAUGCUACCGGUCGACCCCUAUUUCAAGACGCAAGCCGAGGUCUCUACUAUCGAAUGGGUCCGACAGUAUACGUCGCUACCAGUUCCCAGAGUCUUGAUAUUCGAUCCAACUGGUACUACUCAGAUUGGGCUCGAGUGGGUUGUCCUAGAAUGCUUCCAAGGCCAAGUACUUCCUGUCGUGGCCGAGGUAGGCGAAGUAAAUUGGGCUAUGGUAGGCAACGAGAAGAAGCGGUCAUUGAUACGACAAUUUGUGUCCUUCUAUUCCGCGACAUUCGAUCACCAAUUAUCCGCAAUUGGCAAUCUAUAUAUGGGCCGUGCGACCGGAGUCCAGGAAGAAGAUGACAAAGUUGGUGUCAUCGUCUCACCAGAGUUCUAUAUGAAGGAGAACCAGAAAUAUGACCAUGGCCGUGGUCCAUUUCGAAACAGCUCCGAGUGGCUCAAAACACGCUUGGAUAUGAAGCACAGAGACUGUCUGGCCAUCCCGAAUACAAACGGCGUUCUCAAAGCUGAACAUAUCAUCGACCGUUUGAAGAGAUUGAGAGAGAGGCUCUUUGAUUCCACACUCUUCGAGCCCGCCGUACUCACGAACUAUGAGAUAGGCCCGAACAGUAUCAUGAUGAAUCACAAUAGACUAGUCGGGGUAGUGGAUUGGGAGCAUACAUCCGCUCUUCCACUAUGGAAAGGGUGCGAACUUCCUAAGUUCCUGCAAGGAAUAACACGUACCAAGGAGCCUGACGAGAGAGACUAUCUGGACGAAGAGGGCGAAUGGUUGGCUGGGGCCAGAGACGACUUCGCCAAGCAUGUGCUACAAUGGUCGCGAACAAUGCUUCAAAAAUUGUUCCUUGAUGAGAUGUCCCGGAAGUGUCCCCAGUGGACGGCCAUUUAUAAUUCUCCCAUUACUCGUCUAAGGAAGGACUACGACAUCGCCGUGAGCUCUUGCGACAACUCAGCUACUCAAGCUGCAAUUGAGAAGUGGCUCUACACUAUAGAGUCGGGCUUGGAAAAUAUUCGGCUCCAGGACCCAGGAAAGGCUCGUGCGGAUAUCUCGAGUCUAGGCUUCACCGUUCGCAGCCUUCAGGAUCGUAUCUACGACAGCGCAAACGUAUCAGACACAGCAAGACACCCCGCCGCAGGGCCAGAAUCACAUAUAUGGAAUCUAUCUUAAUAGGGAAGGAAAUUUUUUACAGACUAGGCCUCUUGCCUAUUAUUGCAUGAGCCAACCAAGCAUUUUUACAAUAUCCUCAGAGGCUAGCUCGCGAGGGAUCUACGCUAUAUCGUAGCCGCUCGUGAAUCAUUACACCAAUCACCUAACAUGGUCAGAAGUACGGUGAAGGGAGCCCCAUGAGGAGGUUGGACCUUAUUACUCGCGGUAUUAUUGCUCGGAGGGGUCGAGUUGCAUGCUUUCUUUGGGAAGAUCCAGGACUAAGGUUCGAGAGAAGGUAGCCAAUCAAGCAGCCAUAGUUAAUACUAAGCCAACCACCGCGUACCAAAAGAGCUUGCUUUCCUGGAUCUCGGAUCUAGCAAUUUACAGAG